AUGCUGGGACUAGAUGCUGCAGGCAAGACCACAAUACUUUACAAGCUCAAGCUUGGACAGUCUGUGACUACAAUCCCCACAGUUGGAUUCAAUGUAGAAACUGUCACCUACAAGAACGUGAAGUUCAACGUGUGGGAUGUUGGGGGCCAAGACAAGAUCCGGCCUCUGUGGCGACACUACUAUACAGGCACCCAGGGGCUAAUAUUUGUGGUGGACUGUGCUGACAGAGAUCGCAUUGAUGAGGCACGACAAGAGCUCCAUCGCAUCAUUAACGACCGGGAGAUGAGGGAUGCCAUCAUCUUGAUCUUUGCCAAUAAGCAGGAUCUCACUGAUGCCAUGAAGCCCCACGAAAUCCAAGAAAAGCUCGGGUUGACGCGCAUCCGCGAUAGGAAUUGCCACUCCCUAAUAGUUAGAGAGAAAAUGAGUCUCCCUUUCUGGAGCAGUGCCUGUUGGCUCCAGGGAGCGUGA